CAAUUUGUUCCUUUUCUUCCCUUUUUGGGAUUUUAGACACACACAAAAAGAAAGCAGCAAACUCUUAAAAUAGAUCCAUAAUUCUUGCGAACUGACCGUUUGUAAUCUGCCACACACAUUUUGACCGUUACAAAUAUUCAAAAAAAUGCUCACUUUAUCAUCAUAGGUCACCCAAAACUUUUACUUCUGCCACACCCGAAUAGGAAACAACUUUUAAAGGAACAAACACAAUAGAGAGUGCCAAAAGCAUAAAACAGACUGCUAGCUUCAACUUUACUGCUUACCGUUAAUCUAAUCUACUUUCAACGGCUCAGAUUUAUUCUCAGAUAAGAGAAAACCCUUCCAAAUUACAGUCUUAACCCCGAAAUUUCCCCCCUCUCUCCUCUCAGCUCAACUGUUCAAGCGUCUCCCACCUCUACUCCCAAAUUCUGCUGUCAGCCCAUCAGAGUUCUUGCAGUUUUGCUGCCAAAAAUCCAAACUUUAUUGAAAUUCAAGAAGUUUCAGCAACUGGGUAUCAAGAAUCAAGAUAAAUUAGGGCAUGUUUGGAUCUUUUAGGAAGUAAAUUCCGAGGUAGAAUGCCAGUGUCCACAAGGUCUCAAGUUGUCGUUCACCAAUUACAGGAUGACUCAUGUCAAGAACAAAGAAAGAGAGAGAUAAAAGAUCAAGAAGAGUCACAAAUGGUUAAUUUAGGUAGGAAUCCACAUCAUGGGCUUAAAGAGAAGAUGAGGGCACUGACCGUUUUGUAUGAACAGCAGAAGCAAGCCUCAAAUCCUGUCAAGAACCCUACUUCAAAGCAUGAAGAGCCAAGAUUCUCAACCCAUCCCAGCGUGGACCUUCUCGAUUCUAAGAGGAAAAAUGAGAAAGAGCUCGAAGAAUCAAAGCCCAUUUGCCAUGUGAUGAGGGAAAAUGUUAUGCCUAAUUCAACUCUGACGAGGAAUUUUGUGAUGCCACAGCCUUGUGAUGCGGAGGAUGCGAAAGAGAAUGUGGCUUUAGGGGCUGGAAAUGAUCAAAUUGUGGGACUUUCCCGUCCAAGAAAUGUAAAUAUUUCUCGUACUGUAGCAAGAAAGUUGUCUAUGGGAGGAAAUGUGGUGCCACAUUCAGAACCCAGAGGGGUUAAAAGGGGAAAUGAGCAUGAUUUGGAGACUGCUUCAGAGAAACAGGAAAAUGAUGGAAAUGGAAGCAGAAUUCUUGUUUUUGUGAGGUUAAGGCCAAUGGCAAAGAAGGAAAAGGAAGCUGGAUCAAGGUGUUGUGUUAGAAUUGUGAAUAAAAGGGAUGUUUUUCUCACAGAAUUUGCCUCUGAGAAUGAUUAUCUUAGGUUAAAAAGGGUUAGGGGAAGGCACUUUACUUUUGAUUCCGCGUUUCCAGACUCCACAACUCAGCUGGAAGUGUAUUCCACAACAACAGCGGAGCUUGUGGAAGCAGUCUUGCAGGGGAAAAAUGGAUCUGUUUUUUGCUAUGGUGCCACUGGAGCAGGAAAGACACAUACAAUGCUAGGUACAGUAGAGAAUCCAGGUGUAAUGGUCUUGGCAAUUAAAGAUCUCUUUAACAAGAUAAGGCAGCGAAGCUUUGAAGGGAACCAUGUUGUUCAGCUGUCCUAUCUAGAGGUUUACAAUGAAACAGUUCGAGAUUUGCUUUCUCCUGGACGGCCUUUGGUCCUUCGUGAGGAUAAACAUGGUAUAGUGGCUGCUGGUCUCACCCAAUAUAGAGCAUACUCCACAGAUGAGGUAAUGGCAUUACUUCAGCAAGGGAAUCGCAACCGAACAACCGAACCCACACGAGCCAAUGAAACUUCAUCGCGAUCUCAUGCCAUUCUGCAGGUAAUUUCCUUGCAAAUUUCUAUUUCGCUUGUGUGCUACAUCACCUUCUUGAUUGUUUCAUUCCUUUUGUGCCAUACUCAGGUUCUGGUUGAAUAUAAAGUAAAAGAUGCAUCCAACAUGGUUGUCCAACGAGUUGGAAAACUUUCACUUAUUGAUCUUGCUGGUUCUGAAAGAGCUCUAGCUACUGACCAGAGGACACUUAGAUCCCUUGAAGGUGCCAACAUAAACAGGUCACUACUUGCUUUAAGCAGCUGUAUCAAUGCCCUGGUUGAGGGGAAGAAGCAUAUCCCAUAUCGAAAUUCCAAGCUUACCCAGUUGCUCAAGGACUCUCUUGGUGGUGCUUGUAAUACAGUGAUGAUUGCAAAUAUCAGCCCAAGCAACCUCUCAUUCGGUGAAACACAAAACACUCUUCACUGGGCUGAUCGGGCUAAAGAAAUUCGAACAAAGACUUGUGAUGCAAAUGAAGUUCAAAUACCAGAUUCAGAAACAGAUCAGACAAAGUUGUUAUUGGAGUUGCAGAAAGAGAACAGAGAGUUGCGAAUGCAAUUGGCUCGCCAACAGCAAAAGCUUUUAACUGUCCAAGCACAAACAUUGGCAGCAAAUUCUUCACCUACCCCUUCCACAACCUCCUCUCUCUUAUCUCCAGCACCAGCUUCCGCUCAACCUCAUGAGAAACGAAAACCAAGACCCUCUUUCUUGGGUGGCAAUUGUUUUACCCCAGAAUCCAAGAAAAAAGGAGCAGAUGUAACUGUUCUACUCAGGAAGACUGUUAAAGAAUUGGAGGCGGAGAUUGGAAGAUUGAAGAAAGAUCAUGCUCUUCAAAUAAAACAGAAAGAUGAUUUUAUCCGUCAGCUUUCACAGAAAGGUUCCAAAUUACCUGGAACAGGAGGGGAAGGUGGGAGAAGAAUUGUCACAAGAGCUAGUGCGCGGCCAAAGCAACAACCACCACAGGGUGAGUUAAAGAGUCCAAGUCAUCGCUUUUUGUCUCCAGCUCCUACGGCAAAGAAGCGGAGCUUUUGGGACAUAGCAAUGAAUAGCCCAUCAGUAGCUACAUUAAACGGAAGAAAGACAAGAAGCCAUGUCAGUUCUGAAGCUACUACAGCAGCACCAUCCAUGCUUCUCCAGCCUGGUUUCGCUCGACAAAGACCUUGAAAGUGUGAAACGGUAGGACUCCAUCAAGAAGAAGAAAAGUUAGUGAAAAACAUAGAUUGUGGAGAUCUCUGCACUCUUCCUUUCCUCAUAGGAGAUAUAUAUGUGUACUAAAGUUGGUGGUGUGAAAGUUACAGUGUUUGAGAUGCAUAGGGUUUUUGUUCAUGUGAUCAUUGAUCUGCCUGUUUUUUGGGCAGAAUGAUCAUGUAGGUUUUCCUAUUUCUUUCUUUUUGUAAUUUCAUAAUCUUCUGUGUUAAUUCAUACUUGAGAUCAGCAGUUUGUGCUUAGGUACAUAUUGUUUAUUGUGCUAACCCUUCUAAGUUCUACUUCUAAC